AGACAAAACUUGUUUUCCUCGGGUAGUUGGAGGGUCUCGCGGCUCCUUUUCUUAGGACCAAUCGUUUUUUCAAGUUCUCGUUAGAAACCGACUGGGCGCCCGCAACCUUUGGGUGUAACGUAAUCAACCUGCGACACUGCCUCCUCUCGUCGUCACAGGCCCUAGCUAGGCGACUGUGAUUUCGAAAGACAGAUGGAAAAGGAUAUCCUCGCCUGAAAACUAAGAAUCCCUGGAGGCAAGUCUUGCGGCUUCUGAUUGCUAAGCACAUCUGGAAUCAGUAAACGUGCCUCCGUCGUCCGCCAUCUUUAUGACCUCAUCGCGUCGCUGCGACGCCAUCUUCAGCGUAGUCCCUGGAAGCAACGUUCCUUUCCCGGUGUUCUCUAAGAGGGCAGCCCCUGUGGUUAAAGAUCCCUGGGCGCAGGGUACGCCGGGAGUUGUAGUCCCAGCGGACACAGCCUUGCGGAGUCUCCGGAAGUGGAGGCGUGAGAAGCCGGGCUGAGCAGGCUCCGGGUAGCGGGACGCCCGACUACUGCUGGGGCACUGCUCCCGGGGCAGGUCAUGAACGGGCCGGCGGACGGCGAAGUGGACUACAAGAAGAAGUACCGGAACCUGAAGCGGAAGCUCAAGUUCCUCAUCUACGAACACGAGUGCUUCCAGGAGGAACUGAGGAAGGCGCAGAGGAAGUUGCUGAAGGUGUCCCGGGAUAAGAGUUUCCUCCUAGACCGACUUCUGCAGUACGAGAACGUGGAUGAAGAUUCUUCUGACUCAGAUGCCACUGCAUCUUCAGAUAACAGCGAGACAGAGGGAACACCCAAGUUGUCGGACACGCCAGCCCCCAAGAGCCCCCUCCCCUGUCAUUUCUCCAGGAAGAGAAGCCCUCCACUGGGGGGUGUCCCCUCCCCCUCCAGCCUCUCCCUGCCUCCUUCAACAGGGUUUCCCCUUCAGGCCUCGGGGGCCCCCUCCCCAUACCUGAGCUCGCUGGCUUCCCCUCCCUACCCCCCAUUCCCUUCCGACUACCUGGCCCUGCAGCUGCCCGAGCCCAGCCCCCUGAGGCCCAAGCGGGAGAAACGGCCCCGCCUGCCCCGGAAACUCAAGGCUGAGCAGGAGUGGAAGGAAGACGAGAGACAUGGUGAGAAUAUUGUUUGGGCUGACGCAGGAGUGAGAAGAGAGAAGGACGUCGGAAGGAAAGACAGGGUGAGGUGGGGCCACAGAAGGCCUGGGUAUCCAGAGCCAGGAUGUCCUGUUAAGGGGUGGGGGUCACUGAACUUUCUGGUGACUUCGUCUGAGGAGACAAGAGACAGGCACAAAGACAGGAACAGGUUAGUUAGGAGCCUGGGCCUCAGUCAGACAGAGUGGGUUUGAGUCCCAGGUCCUCCAAGCACCCACCUUGUGACAUUGAGCAAGUCAUUUGCCCCUCUGAGCCUCGACUUUCUUCUCUGUUCAGUGGGGUUAGUGUAGGAUAAAAUGAGUUAAAGAAGAGAAAGCACAUAGCCCAGUGCGUGGUCCCUGGUAAGCUGUGGGUAAACAGGAGUGCUCUCGGUCACACAGAGGCAGCCAUUGAGUAAGGCCAAGCAGGUGUGGGCUGUGGGGACGAGGGUGGGGAUCCAGUGGUGGCAGCCAGAGGAGGGAGGCUUCAUCAUGGAGCUGGGCCUCCUGUCUAUCACUGGUCCCAGCAGACUCUUGUACCUGGAGGCACCGACCAGGAGGUAAAAGCCACUGCCACCCCAAGGACAGCAGCCUGAGGGCUGAAGGUGUAAAAGCAAUCCCAGGGACCACCAUAAAGACACAUAUAAGCGCUUCCUGC